UGAAAUAUGUUGUAAAAAUGGAAAAUUGUUUACAGAAAUUAGGAUUUUAUCGUACCUUUUUGCUACGAUCUUGUUCAAAUGCAAACUGUAUUUCAUCGUGGAAAACACGAACUAAACGAGUAAAUAUUCCAAGCACGAAGACAGGUCUAUGUAUUAAAUCAUACACCAACAAUUCUGAAUCAGAUGGUGAAAAUUCUGAUCGUUCUGGUAAAUUAAUCCAAUUGGUUGUUACAUCACUACGAGUUGACCGUGUAGCGGCCUCAGGACUGGGCUUAGCAAGAAGGAAAGUUGACCAUUCCCUUCUUGCUGGAAAUAUCUUCCUUAAUGGAGAAAAAGUCAUAAAGAAAAGUCAACAAGUAAUUGAAGGAGACACCAUCACAAGAAUAUCUGAAACCCAGCCAAACAAGGAUGAAAUAAAGUUUGGACAAGUGAAGGUCAAAAGUAUUGGAGAGUUGACAAAAAAAGGAAAUUAUCAUGUGGAAUUAUUAAGGAACAAAUUGUUGUCUUUACCAGUAAAGGAAUUUUGGAGCAAGCAUUAAGAGAUCAAGCAAGUGGUUUCACUAAGUUAAAUGACAUUUUUGUAGGCAUAUAACCCAGCAAUUAAUAUUCAUUUUCUAUAUCAAGUUAGUGAUGAGAUUGAAAGACAAUCACAACUGCAAGAUUUCACUUUAGAAAA